AUGGGAAAGUACCGUUCUCAGAGCCAAUACACGUCAAUGGGAAGUGAAAGGGCAGCCAAAACGUAACACCGCCCCGGUUUUCCCCUGGAAAUUCCAUAUUGGCACGCAUUCUAUUGGCUGAGCUGCGUUCUACGUGGGUAUAAGAGGCGCGACCAGCGUCGGUACCGUCGCAGUCUUCGGUCUGACCACCGUAGAACGCAGAUUGGCCGACUCUACUAGAGGAGUUAACAGCGCCACCAUGACCGAGUACAAGCCCACAGUGAGGCUCGCCACCAGGGACGACGUGCCCAGGGCCGUGAGGACACUGGCCGCUGCAUUUGCUGACUACCCCGCAACCCGCCACACCGUAGACCCCGAUAGGCACAUCGAGAGGGUGACCGAACUGCAGGAGCUGUUCUUGACCAGAGUGGGCCUCGACAUCGGAAAAGUGUGGGUGGCCGACGAUGGAGCGGCCGUCGCCGUCUGGACGACCCCCGAGAGCGUGGAGGCCGGAGCCGUGUUCGCCGAGAUCGGCAGCAGGAUGGCCGAAUUGAGCGGCUCCCGGCUGGCUGCACAGCAGCAGAUGGAGGGCCUGCUGGCACCCCACCGGCCAAAGGAGCCCGCGUGGUUCCUGGCCACCGUGGGCGUGAGCCCCGAUCACCAAGGCAAGGGACUUGGUAGCGCGGUGGUGCUUCCCGGUGUAGAGGCCGCAGAAAGGGCCGGUGUUCCCGCCUUCCUGGAAACCUCCGCUCCCCGAAACCUGCCCUUCUACGAGAGGCUGGGCUUCACCGUGACCGCCGAUGUUGAGGUGCCCGAGGGCCCAAGGACCUGGUGCAUGACCAGGAAACCCGGUGCCCUGGAGCAGCUGUUGAAUUUUGACCUUCUUAAGCUUGCGGGAGACGUCGAGUCCAACCCUGGGCCCAUGUCUAGACUGGACAAGAGCAAAGUCAUAAACUCUGCUCUGGAAUUACUCAAUGGAGUCGGUAUCGAAGGCCUGACGACAAGGAAACUCGCUCAAAAGCUGGGAGUUGAGCAGCCUACCCUGUACUGGCACGUGAAGAACAAGCGGGCCCUGCUCGAUGCCCUGCCAAUCGAGAUGCUGGACAGGCAUCAUACCCACUCCUGCCCCCUGGAAGGCGAGUCAUGGCAAGACUUUCUGCGGAACAACGCCAAGUCAUACCGCUGUGCUCUCCUCUCACAUCGCGACGGGGCUAAAGUGCAUCUCGGCACCCGCCCAACAGAGAAACAGUACGAAACCCUGGAAAAUCAGCUCGCGUUCCUGUGUCAGCAAGGCUUCUCCCUGGAGAACGCACUGUACGCUCUGUCCGCCGUGGGCCACUUUACACUGGGCUGCGUAUUGGAGGAACAGGAGCAUCAAGUAGCAAAAGAGGAAAGAGAGACACCUACCACCGAUUCUAUGCCCCCACUUCUGAAACAAGCAAUUGAGCUGUUCGACCGGCAGGGAGCCGAACCUGCCUUCCUUUUCGGCCUGGAACUAAUCAUAUGUGGCCUGGAGAAACAGCUA